AAGAAGCUGCAACGUAGUACUCUACACAAAAUCCCAACUCCCUCCGUACUUCCUCUUCUGCGUUUGUUUCAAAAAUUCACGAUGCAAAAACCCAACACAAUCAUCGACAACAAAUACGAUAACAACACAUCGUCAUCGACGACGACGACGACGACGACGACGACAACGACAACGACGGUGUUUUAGCUGCCAGAACCAGAAACCCAGGUAGUCAGUCGACUGAUACUUGUCGUUGAUGAUGGAUUUCAGGGGUCCGCCUCACCAGCUAGUCGUGGGGGACUACAUACUGGGUCCGAGAAUCGGGUCGGGUUCGUUUGCGGUUGUGUGGAAGUCCUGGCACAGCCAACUGGAUGAAUAUUAAAGGUCAUAACUUCAAUUUGUGGACUAUCUUGUGCAGCUGCAGGAUUGCAGGUGCUUCAAGAAAGACAUCUGAUUCACAGGGAUUUAAAGCCACAGAACUUACUACUGUCAACUAAAGAUGAAACUCCAGUACUCAAGAUAGGAGACUUUGGUUUUGUAAGAUCCUUAACUCCUGAAAACUUGGCUGACACCCUAUGUGGUUCACCACUGUACAUGGCUCCAGAGAUCAUUGAGAAUCAGAAGUAUGAUGCGAAGGCUGACUUAUGGAGUGUAGGUGCAAUAUUGUUUCAACUGGUAACUGGGAAGCCACCCUUUGGUGGCAACAGUCGAUCACAGCUUUUCCAGAAUGUAUUGGCAUCUACUGAACUGCAGUUUCCAGAAGGUACCUUGGGAGAAAUACAUCCAGAAUGUGUUGAUCUUUGCAGAAGCCUUUUACGUAGGAACCCAGUUGAGCGUCUGACAUUCAAAGAAUUCUUCAACCACAAGUUCUUAGUGGAGUUGAGGCAGAUGGCAGCAGAGGAGCUAGUUUCUUCAAUUCCACAAUCAAAUUCAAUGGUUGAGCAGCUUGAUCUUUCACUCUCUGAGAAGAAAUCCCAACUGCAGUCUGGGCAUCCCACAAAGUCUUCUUGCAGGAAUCCAAAAUCGCACGCUACAACUGGAUAUGAUGCAGUAUCAUACAGUUCAUCCAGCAGUAAAGCUGCCUAUGAUAAUUUUUCAUUUGAUCAGGCUGGAGUUGCAGACUCAAUGGAGGCCAUUGAGAAAGAAUAUGUUAUUGUCAAUCCUGAUUGCGGUUCAACAGAGACUUUCUCUUAUUACCUUGAGACAUUAGUGCAAGGUAGUUCUGCUGGGCUGUCCAACUUCCAAGCCAAGAAUGAGCAGGAACCAGCAGGUGAUGAUAUGCAAAAGAGGCAGUUUGCUGGUAGUUCUGCUGGAUGUGCAAAAAGCCCACAUGUUCAUGGACUGAACCCACUAUCAAUAUCUUCUGAACAAAUGAUAUCAAGGGAACAGCAAGGACUAAGCAUACUGCAUCCCUCAACUAGACUCCACGUAUUACAUCAGUAUGUUCAGGCUCUCACAGAACUAGCUCAAGAAAAUUACAAUGCAGGGCUGUUUCUAGAAUCAUUCUCGGUUGAACUCAUUGUUUUGGCUAUAUGGAGCAAAGCUCUCAAGAUUUGUACCUCCUGGAUGACCUCAACUGGAGAUGGUGAACCUGGACCCAGUUCAGCCAUUGAACCAACGGGUGCAGAAUAUAAUAUUGGCUUCAGCAGGCCUUCAUCUGCUUGCAUAUGGGCCAAAGGAGGUUUUAUCAGUGCAUAUGAUCGUGCAGAGGAGCAAUCAUACCAUGUUCAAAAAAUGAAUGCUGCUGCAAUGCCUGAUGCCAUGGAGAUAAUAUAUCAGAGGGCACUUGCAAUUGGGAUAGAUGGUUGUGUAAGUAACUUGUUUCUAUGCAUCCUUUACUUUAUGUGCCCAUUUGAUGUUUGACAAGUAAAAACUGAAGUGACCCUCUAAUUGUGUGUGUGAGUUUUCCAUUUUUUUAUUUAUAGGAAGACGAGCUGAUGGAAAACACACGUAGGGCAGCAGCAUCCUACACUAAAGCAAAGCUUCUGCUUUCAUUUAUCGUGGGAGAGGCAAUCAAUCUGCCACUGAACCCACCAUUUUCAUUAACUCCUGCCACUAAAAACCAAAUCCAAAGCUAUAUUAAGAGCUUCGAGUCUCGGCUGUCUAACUUUCAAAUACCAGUGCAAUCUCCCCCUUCUGCAAACUUCCCAACCAACUAAAUGUGACAGGUUGUGUACAGCUGUUUUGAAGAAUACAAAGCUAGUAGAUCAUGGUUGAGUGUGGUAAUUCUUUAACCAUGUCUUUGUUGACAAUGAUAUACAAUAGAAGCUGAACAGUGAGGAUAUUAUAAUGAACAUACUUCGACUUUGUCUGAUGUAUCGAUAAGUAUAUAACAGACUACUUUGGAAUCUGGAACCGAAUGACAUUGCACAGUUCUUGUACAUAGACUAUUCUCUCUUUGUGAAGUGUAAAUAGAAAUUUACAGUGUAA